GAUUCCAUGGACUUUUCACUCCUUUGCAUCAUCUAUCCCUUAAUGCUUCCUCUCUGUGCACAAGAAUCAGAGUCCUCACAGAGGAUAAAGCAUAACACUAAUGAGACAGCCAUCCUGGGAGGAAACGUGACUCUCUUCUGCAACUUCACAAGCCUGGCAAAUGUUGAGCAAAUCACCUGGCAGAAAAUCCAAGGCUCUUUGCCUCAAAAUAUUGGGACUUACAGUCGUAAAUACGGAGAAAAGAUUCUCCCACCAUAUGUAAACAGGCUGCAGUGCAAGAUCCUGGAACCCAGUGCCUCCUUCAUGACUAUCCAAGGAGUGACAUUUGAAGAUGAAGCCUGCUAUAAGUGUCUGUUUAACAUUUUUUCACAAGGCAGCCGUGGAGGACAAACCUGCCUUACCAUUUUAACUGUAUCUGAGCUAGUAACUGAACUGCAGUCUGCCCCUGGCUCUGAAGAUCUUCAUAAUCUCCAUUGUUCAGCUGUGGGAAAGCCUGCUCCCAGGAUCUCCAUUUACCCUUCACAAGUGGCAGUGCACCCACCACAAGAGUACUUUUCUCAGAACGCCAAUGCCACAGUGACUGUCACUAAAAUCUACAACAUCUCUUUGAAAACUGCGAGGUCCCUGGGUCUCCGGGACCUGGUUGUGUCCAUGACUCACCCCGUGAGAUACGAAGAGAAGAUAGUCCCUCUGCCAGUCAAUCAAACAAGUACCCCAAAUCCUUGUUUAAGCUGGAAGAUAACUGCAACUACAUUCAUCGUAUUGUUUUUCAUUUCAUGGAUCAUCUUUGGAGCCAUUCUCUACAUUCAUUUCAGAAAUAAAAGGUCAGAGAACACACCGGAGCCAUCAUCACCAGAGAUGCCUAACGCACUAGCAACACUGGUACCCAGAACACCAUCAACAGAGACUGCGAAUUUAAUGAGACAUCGUCGCCAGACAGAGACAUAA